AUGCUUUUUAUUAGGCAGAAGAACGAUAUCACUGGUUACGCUCCAUUUGAAGCUCGGUCGAGAGUCGAGUACAAACAAUACACCUCAUUUUUUUCGCAUGAUGGUUUAGCAAUUGCAACUUACAUAUUUGUGACCGCACGAGAUGGUGGUACGUUGCUACGAGACGAGUACCUUAAAGAAGCUGUUCAGGAUUUUUGGCCUUGUCUAAGGCCCUUCAUCAUUUUUGGCCCUUCAUCUGUGAAGCGUCAAGCUUGUCCAUUUAGUUCUCGCCAACUUUCUGACGGUCUAGUGCCAAGAUAA